GCCGCCGCCGGCCGGGUCAUGCCCGUGCGCCCGGGGCGGCGGGGCUGCGGGCUGCGGCGGGAUGGCUGCGCUCCGGGCCGGUGCCCUCGCCUUCCUCCUCCUCCUCCUCCUCGGCUGCCUCCUGCCCCGGCGCGGCCCGCUCAGGCUGGUCUCAGGGCGGGAGGAGAUUAAAGCUGGUUCCCGAAGCUCACCCCAGCCCAUGUCACCCUCUGACUUCCUGGACAAGCUUAUGGGACGAACCUCAGGCUAUGACGCCCGCAUUCGGCCCAACUUCAAAGGUCCACCCGUCAACGUGACGUGCAACAUCUUCAUCAACAGCUUUGGCUCCGUCACCGAGACCACCAUGGAUUACCGCGUGAACGUGUUCCUGCGGCAGCAGUGGAACGACCCCCGCCUGGCGUACCGCGAGUACCCCGACGACUCCCUCGACCUCGAUCCCUCCAUGCUCGACUCCAUCUGGAAGCCAGACCUGUUCUUUGCCAACGAGAAAGGGGCCAAUUUCCACGAGGUCACCACUGACAACAAGCUCCUGCGCAUCUUCAAGAAUGGCAACGUGCUCUACAGCAUUAGGCUGACACUGGUCCUGUCCUGCCCCAUGGACCUCAAGAACUUUCCCAUGGACAUCCAGACAUGCACCAUGCAGUUGGAGAGUUUUGGCUACACUAUGAACGACCUCAUCUUCGAGUGGCUGGAGGAGCAGGAGGCCGUGCAGGUGGCAGAGGGCUUGACACUCCCACAGUUCAUCCUCAGGGAUGAGAAGGACCUGGGCUAUUGCACCAAGUACUACAACACAGGCAAGUUCACCUGCAUCGAGGUGAAGUUCCACCUGGAGAGGCAGAUGGGUUACUACCUGAUCCAGAUGUACAUCCCCAGCCUGCUCAUUGUCAUCCUCUCCUGGGUCUCCUUCUGGAUCAACAUGGAUGCGGCGCCAGCCCGGGUGGGCUUGGGCAUCACCACGGUGCUCACCAUGACCACGCAGAGCGCCGGCUCCCGGGCCUCCCUGCCCAAGGUGUCCUAUGUGAAGGCCAUUGACAUCUGGAUGGCCGUGUGCCUGCUCUUUGUCUUCGCCGCCCUGCUGGAGUACGCCGCCGUCAACUUUGUCUCCCGCCAGCACAAGGAGUUCAUGCGCCUGCGCCGCCGCCAGCGACGGCAGAGGAUGGAGGAAGAGCUCAGCCGCGAGAGCCGCUUCUACCUGCGAGGCUACGGGCUGGGCCAGUGCCUGCAGCCCAAGGAGGGGGCUGGGGAGGGCCCUGGCGUGUACAGCCCCCCAGCAGCCAGCACCGUGCUGCGGGAGGGGGACAGCCUCCGCAGGCGCUACCUCGACCGCGCCAAGCGCAUCGACACCGUCUCCAGAGCCGUCUUCCCCUUCACCUUCCUGGUCUUCAAUAUCUUCUACUGGGUCGUUUACAAAGUGCUGCGCUCAGAGGACAUCCACUUGGUGCCCUGAGGCUGGAACAGUAUGACUGGCUCUUGGUGUGACCCCCACAGUGUGCCCAGGUGCCACAAGCUCAGCCAGAACUACCUUUCCCUCUGUCCCGGAGCGGUGGCACGGCUGGGAUGGGCCUCGGAGCCUGGACAUGUGGCAGCCCCGUGCCCCACUGCAUUCUGUGGCUCAGAGCGGGGGGAUCAACAAUCACAGGUCCCCAUGGUCAGCUGGAGAGAGGGACCCCUCCUGCUUCCUGCAUGGUGUCACCCCCAGGUACCCAGGGAUGCUCUGUUGUCAGGGCACAGGGACACAGCUACUCCCCAGGAGUGCUGUGCUGUGGGGGAAGCCCUGGGUAUCCGGGGGCACAGGAGUACUGGGUACUUUGGCACAACCAGUGGCCAGGAAACUCCUUCCUGAAAAUCCUCUUCCAGAAAAAUACCCUCCCCCUGUCCACACCUACCAUGUUAGACUGCUGCUUCUCCAGCCUGCAUCACUGAGCUGUGGGCCCUGAGCAGCCAGGGAUUAGGCUGCAGUCCUGCUGCCCCUGGACUGUACAGGGUGCUGGCUAUGGCCCCAUAGCCCCCUGCCCAGCAAUGGCCCCAUAGCCCUCCAGCCCCAGCCAGCUCCAAAGCACAGCAAAGCAGCAGGCAGGGGAUGCUGUCCUCCCUGCAGAGCCCAGAACUGCCUGGGAUGCCCAGGGCUGCAGGCAGGAUGUGGCAGGGAGGUUCUGUUUGCUCCAAGGAAAUGCCAGCCCUGAGGCAGGCUGCAGGCAAGCUCAGUCCUACUGAAGGGGCACAGAUGGCACUGCAUCAUCAGCAGGGUAGGGCCCACAGCCCAUCCUCCAAGGGAGAUUUUUUGGGAUGAAAGCUUGGCCAAUCCUUUUGGAGGAGCAGAGUGAGUGGUGGCAUCCCCAGACUGCUGCAUUCCCGUAGCACCACUGUGCCAAGAAGAGAGAUGGAGGUGAAAAUUGCUCCAUUCCCCAGCCCAGCAUCCAGGUGCAUCAUCCCCUGGGCAGGUUCAUCCCUAAUACUCCUCCUUUGGAGAGGAGAGCAACUGGAAUCCCAACAGGACAAGCUCAGCAAGGCUUCCAGCUCUCCAGACCUGGAUACCCUCAAUGCUUUGCAGGAAAUAAAAGCAGCAGGUGAUGUUUAAGUCCUCCAGAGAGGAGUGUGUUGAUGCUCUCCUUUCCCUCUGCCCACAGUGAGCUGGAGGAGGUUGCAGCCCAGCAGGUCCCAUGGCCAUGGGUGCAGGAGAGGGCCCAGAGUCUUCUAGGCAGGGCAGGAUGGAAAUAUUUCACCUUUUCCUUGAAUGCUGUGGUGCCCCCAUGGCACAGCAAGUGCUCCAGUGACCCACCUGCCAUGGCAGAAUGGACCCUGCAGGGCUGGGGGACAUGGGCAGCACUGUCUUGUGAAAUCAGACCCCAGAAUAAAACGCUGCUGUGAUCCCUGGCCUGGCUCCUCAGGCACCACUCAUCACCCUCCUCCUCGCAGGACUGACUGGCAGCAUUGCCCAGCCCCUCUGAGCCCCCUGAGUCCCACAGAGUGCUCAGCCAUUUCACAGCCAGGGCAAGCAGAGAACUGGCCCCAGGCCACCCCAUGAGGGGACUGAGGGACCCACAAGGACAGGCUGAGCCAGCUCCAUCCCAUUGCCAGCACUGUGCAUGCCUCCCCUGCCCUGGGGUUCCCCAUGGGGCCCCACCGUGUGUCCGGGCCAGACCUGCUUUUGGGGAGGCCCCAUGUGGAGGCCUCUGGACCCCCCCAGUAGCUGAGGUAGUGCCAAACAGGGAGGUACCAGUGUCUGAGCAGCACCCACAGGCACUGGGCAGCCACGCCAGCCUCCAGCAGUGGUGGGUUUUUAAACAGCAUCAAUCUUCCUACGCAAAUAAAGCUUUCUGGGAUUUUC